AUGGGCCAGCCGCGGCGGCGCGGCUACCCGCACGGGCACGGCCGCCACCACCUGUGCCCGCGCCGCAUUGCUUUGCCGGCGGCCGGGCUGGGCCUGCUCUUCCUCGCCGUCUCGCUCCUCUCCGUCUCACUCCUCUCCGUGCCGCCACUCGCCGACCCGCGCCCGGGCCUCGGCACCUCCUCCUCCUCAUCAUCCCGGCGGUUCCUCCGCCGCCAUCCGACAAACGGCUCCGGCGGCGAACUGGAGGUCUCCGAGAGCGGCGACGCGCUCAGUGUUCCGACACAUGGAUGGACUGGGCAAGAUGAUCUUUGGCGUUCGAAGCUUGCUAGCAACUUCCACGGAUGCAGCAACUCUAGCAGUAAAUUUCUUGAUUCUGGUAUUACCACACAACCAGAUCGAUACUUGAUUGUUGUUACAAGUGGAGGUCUCAAUCAGCAGAGAACAGGGAUAGUUGAUGCUGUAGUUGCUGCACGUAUUUUGAACGCUACACUUGUUGUUCCCAGACUGGAUCAAACAUCUUUCUGGAAAGAUUCAAGUAAUUUUUCAGAAAUCUUUGAUAUGGACUGGUUCAUCUCAUUUCUUGAAAAGGAUGUCAGAAUUAUCAAAGAGCCUCCAGAAAAAGGAGGUAAAACAAUGAAACCUUAUAAAAUGCGUGUCCCCCGAAAAUGUACUCCACGGUGUUACUUGAACCGCGUCUUACCAGCACUUCUGAAGAAACAUGUUAUUCGAAUGACUAAAUAUGAUUAUAGGCUCUCAAAUAAGUUGGACACUGACCUCCAAAAACUACGUUGCAGAGUCAAUUACCAUGCUCUGAGAUUUACUGACCCGAUACAAGAAUUGGCUGAAAAGCUAAUACAACGAAUGCGAGAAAAGAGCAGAUAUUUUAUUGCUCUUCACCUAAGAUUUGAACCUGACAUGCUCGCUUUUUCUGGGUGCUAUUAUGGUGGUGGAGAAAAGGAGAGGAGAGAAUUAGCUGCAAUUCGCAAACGAUGGAGAACCUUGCAUAUACGUGACCCGGAGAAAGGAAGAAGGCAAGGUAGGUGUCCACUAACUCCUGAGGAGGUAGGGUUGAUGUUGAGGGCAUUAGGCUACAGAAGUGAUGUGCACAUUUAUGUUGCUUCUGGUGAGAUAUAUGGAGGCGAAGAUACUUUAGCAUCCCUCAAAGCACUGUUUCCUAAUUUCCAUACAAAAGAAACACUGUCAAGCCAAGAGGAGCUUGCUCCAUUCCUGAAGUUCUCAUCUCGCAUGGCUGCAAUCGAUUUCAUUGUCUGUGAUGAAAGUGAUGCUUUUGUAGCUAACAACAUUGGUAACAUGGCCAAAAUUUUGGCUGGCCAAAGGAGAUAUUUUGGCCACAAGAGAACAAUCCGGCCAAAUGCUAAACAGCUCUAUCCAUUAUUCAUGAAGAGGGGAAAUAUGUCAUGGGAUGCAUUUGCCUCACAGGUGCGAACAGUCCAGAAAGGAUAUAUGGGAGAGCCCAUGGAAAUCACACCAGGAAGGGGUGAAUUUCUUGCCAACCCUGCGGCCUGUAUAUGUGAAAAGACUGGCAGAAACUCAGUAGUAGUCAAGUCCAUUUCUGGAAGUAGCCAGGAACCUGUAACUGACUCCGGAAUAAGGAAGGCCAUUGGCAUUGGUAGGCCACCAUAUCCUGUUUAUACUGACGAAGAGGCAGAUGGUUCUGAUACAGAAGAAGAUCCAGAUAGCAGCGGGAGAGGAGAGAUGAUUGACACUGAACCUGACGAUGAUUCUGUGGUCAGACAGGAGGAUCCUGAGCUUGAGGAGAUCCUGUCAGAUUAG